AUGAAUAGUGAUGGUAUUAGAGAUGACUGUUUGGGCAGUGUCUGUAUGAAUAGUGAUGGUAUUAGAGGUGACUGUUUAAGCAGUGACUGUAUGAAUAGUGGUGAUAUUAGAGGUGACUGUUUGGGCGGUGACUGUAUGAAUAGUGAUGGUAUAAGAGGUGACUGUUUAAGCAGUGUCUGUAUGAAUAGUGGUGAUAUUAGAGGUGACUGUUUGGGCGGUGACUGUAUGAAUUGUGAUGGUAUUAGAGGUGACUGUUUGGGCAGUGUCUGUAUGAAUAGUGAUGGUAUUAAAGGUGACUGUUUGAGCAGUGACUGUAUGAAUUUUGAUGGUAUUAAAGGUGACUGUUUGGGCAGUGUCUGUAUGAAUAGUGAUGGUAUUAGAGGUGACUGUUUGAGCGGUAUCUGUAUGAAUAGUGAUGGUAUUAGAGGUGACUGUUUGAGCAGUGUCUGUAUGAAUAGUGGUUGA